GAGUGUGAGAGGGAGGAGAGAGGAGUGAGGGAGAGGGAUUGAGUGAGUGUUGACUUACCUUUGGAGCUUCCGUGGUCUCUCCAGGGCCCCCGCGAUCCCAGCACCUUGCAUUCACCAACCCAGAGGCUCUUCGAACCCUGUCCUUUUAGGGUUUAUGGAGGCUUCAUUACCUAGUUGUGAUCAUUAAACCAUUGACCACUGGCACUUGAAUCAACCUCCAGCCCCUCUCCCCAGAGGUAGAUAUUUUGGUACAUAUGAGAAACAUUUUGGGCAUCUGAAUUACCAAAUAUAUAUUUCUCAUCACAAUAUCACAAAAGCUUUCAUUUACUCUUAGUUUUGUCUAGUUUGAUACGGCAGAACAAGACCUGUGUUAGCACCGUCACUGCACUGGUGACAUUCAUUGCUGUAUAAUUACGAGCAUGUUUAUGCAUUUAUCUGCCUUAUACGUCUUCAGAAGAGAAACAGUGCUUUAUGAACCUUAGAUACCGCCAGGUAUGACAGUGCCAGAGAUGCAGGGGAAUCUGCAUUCAUGCCUUAACCCCUGUAAAAAAUACUUUUUGGAGACAUGACAACAUAGCGAAGGUGUAUGUACAGCUGGUGCCAUAUGUAAAUGUCCACGGUGAGUGACUCUUACAACAAUAUUGUAAGUUUCCAUGUAUCCUUUGUACAUCACCAAGUGCUCGUCAUUCAGAAUGAAUAGCAAUAUGCCAUUUCAGGGGUCAGUCUCAUUCACGGAUGUGACUGUGGACUUCACCCAGGAGGAGUGGGAGCAGCUGGACCCAUCUCAGAGGAUCCUGUACAUGGACGUGAUGCUGGAGAAUUACAGCAAUUUACUCUCCGUGGAGGUGUGGAAGGCUGAUGACCAGAUGGAGAGGGAUCACAGAAACCCAGAUGAGCAGGCGAGGCCGUUUGUAAUCUUUAAGAACCAAACCCCAGUCGAGGAAAGGGGUGAUCUCUUUGGAAAAUCAUUCAACCUGAGCACAGACUUUGUCUCUUUAAGACAAGUACCUUAUAAAUAUGACUUAUAUGAAAAAACUUUGAAAUAUAAUUCAGACUUACUUAAUAGUAACAGAAGCUAUAUAAGAAAGCAAGCUGACGAGUAUAAUGGAUUUGGAAAAGCACUUCUCUAUCUAAAGCAAGAGAAAACCCAUACUGAAGUGGAAUACUCUGAAUAUAACAAAAAUGGAAAAGGCUUCAGCCAUAAAGAAGCCAUUUUUAAACAUCAGAAAAUUCGAAAUCUGGUGCAACCUUUCAUUUGCAAUUACUGUGACAAGGCUUUCCCCUUUAAGUCACUCCUCAUCAGUCAUAAGAGAAUACAUACUGGAGAAAAGCCGUACGAAUGUAAUGUAUGUAAGAAGACCUUCUCCCAUAAGGCAAACCUCAUUAAACACCAGAGAAUUCACACCGGGGAGAAGCCCUUUGAAUGCCUUGAAUGUGGAAAAGCUUUCACCCACCAGUCCAACCUCAUUGUACACCAGAGAGCGCACAUGGAAAAGAAGCCCUACGAGUGCAGCGAAUGUGGCAAGACAUUUGCCCAGAAGUUUGAACUUACUACCCACCAGAGGAUUCAUACAGGGGAGCGACCCUAUGAGUGUAAUGAAUGUGCAAAAACCUUCUUCAAGAAAUCAAACCUCAUUAUCCAUCAGAAAAUCCACACAGGGGAGAAGCGCUACGAGUGCAGCGAGUGUGGGAAGUCCUUCAUUCAGAACUCACAGCUCAUUAUACACAUGAGAACUCACACAGGGGAGAAGCCCUAUGCAUGCACGGAAUGCGGCAAAACCUUCAGCCAGCGGUCCACCCUGAGGCUACACCUGCGAAUCCACACAGGAGAGAAACCGUAUGAGUGUUCUCAGUGCGGGAAGGCCUUCAGCAGGAAGUCCCGACUCAGCGUCCAUCAAAGAGUGCACAUAGGGGACAAACCCUGAGACUGCACCCAGGGCGAACUGUGCAAACCCUCCGACCAGAACCCUUCCAACGGGAGAGAAAACUCAUGAAGGUACUGACGGAGCCCGGGAAGUCCUACUGAGGUACAGUCUGUCAACUCAGAAAUGUGUAAAAGUGGGUUCCUUAAGAACCAUAACAACUGAAAGUCAGCUGUGACACCCAGCUAAAGAAUACAUAUCAGAAUAUACCCAAUUGUAAAUAGACAUACUUAACUGUAUUACAGUGAGCUGUUGGGAAUCUCAAAGGAAUUAUUCAAGCAUGAAAUAUUCUGGGAAGCAGCAGAAAGAACUACAAGACAGUAUCUAGGAAUACAGUGGCUAUGUAUGAGAUUAUGCCACAAAACACAAAUUGUAUAUUUUAGAUCUGUAUAUAUGAAUUUAACAGUCACUGAAAAUUUGAAAUUCUUGCCUUCUAACAAUUAGGACGCAUCAGACGAGAUGUUGCACAUUAAACAUCACAUGUGUUUUCUAGAACCUUUACAACUCACUAUACAUUCCAAAUGAAAUGUGGGACAGAUGUUAGCGUAGCAUGUAACAUGUUUGCUUCUACUUGCUGGCAUCUCUAUAAGCUGGUAUGACCAUUGUUACUGAGCUGCCUCUUCAUAAACAGAAGUUUUUACCUGCUUCUGGGUUUGCUGAAGAUUUUCUAGAAGCAUUAUUUACAUAAAUAUGCAAGUGUGAGAUAAUUAAGAGGAGGUUUAGAGAGUGAAAAGAGGGAGCUGUGUGCUGUAUUACUCAGUAUGCACCACAGAAUAAAAAUGGGCUAAAGAGAAUACCCACUCCAUCAUACUCUUGUUAUUGAUUUUCAGUGGGGUAUUUACAUACAAAUGCAUGUCAGUGACCAAAAUAUUGUAUAACUCAGAAACCAGUUAUAUUUUGUGUGUUUCCCUGUUUCUUUUAAUAUUAUAUGAAUUGUCUUGUAAAAAAAUGGUAGGAUAUGUCUGUAGUGCACAAAUGUUACUUAACAUUUCAGAAACUUUAAAGGAAAAAUAAUUUAUUUAAACUGUCAAAUAUGUUAUUGCUUAAAAAUUUUUCCAUGUGCAUAGUCCACUUCAGAAAUAAAUUUUUGCAGUAUUCUGUUUAGGGUAGGCAUUUUUACUUCCUUGAGUUUCAGCAUCACCAACCUAAAGCGUUUCCCUUUGGAACCUGGCUUAGUAUAGUUAUACCUUUCCUUUAAAGGUUCACUAACAGUUUUACUAGACUAUUCAGUGAUUUUUCCAUAGAUACUGUUUGAUGACGAACCUACAAAAAUUUAUCUUUUUUGCAUAACUCAAAGAUACACCAUUUUAGGCUUGAUUUCAGAUUCCCAAGUUACACUUGUUCAUUUUUGAAGGUCAUUAACAUGCUGUGACUACAUAUGAAUGUGAGUGACUUUCUGAACAAAUUUUCUAGAACAUCCAUCUUUGUCUAAGUUGUCAUCUAGUAACAGCAGGAAGCAGGGGGAAAAGUUAAUUACAUACUGUGCUAUUAGAAAUGUAAAUUGUGAUAGCCACCUUGGAAAUCAUUGUGACUCUGUCUUUUAACAUUAAGAAUAUACGUACUCUUCAACCCAGCAGUAUCAGUCCCAGGAACCUAUCCCUAAGAAAAUAAUAAAGUGCCAGUACUUAAGAUUAUAUUUAUCAAUGUAUAUUGUAUUUUUUUGUAAGGACAAAAUAGGAAACAAUGUGAAUGAUCACCAGAUUGAAUAAACUGUGUUAAAAACAUAUCAUGGUUGGGUGGUAUUCCACAGAAAACAAUGUGUAGGAGCAAAUGCCUCCAGGUCAGAUGAGGACAGCAAGAGGAGAGAGCGAGAGUAUAUACCCAAUUUUGUAAAAUAAAGAUCUAAGAACCUUA